AAUGAAUUUUUGCGAUCCAAAACGAAAAUGUAAAAUGUGCAGGCGGGAAGUUUGAAGAGUGGGGAAUGGGAUGAAGGGUGGGAAUUCUUCUUCUCGAAUAAUAAUGAAGAGUAUACAAAAUCUAGCUAAAAACUGCGUAUGAUUACAAAUGGAGCCUAGAUAAUACAAUUUUAUUUCAUUGCCUACAUUUUGGCGCCAUAUGUCCUUAAAUUUUUUUAAUAUUUUAUAGCGAGUAUUAUAUUUUCUCAAUAGGCCACCCAAAGAAUACUCAAAAGGUUAAAAAGGUAAACUAAACUACAUUUUAUUAUGAUUUCAAUGUCAUAUGUUAUUAUGUUAUCUUUUUCCUUCUGAGUUUGCGUAAAGUGCUUUGUUCGCCUGCCUUGUACUUUUUGAAAAGGGAUUAAGUAGUUGUGAUGUAUUCGCAAGCAACAUCAAUACUAAAGAAAUAGCUCAGCUAUAUCAAAAUCUCCCAAUCUUCACCAGCAUAGGGCUCAUCAUAAGCCUAUGCUGGUGAAGAUUGGGAGAAUGCCCAAGGUAGUAAGUCUGGUGAAGAUUGGGAGAAUGUCCAAGGUUAAGUCUCAGCAAGAAGUAUCCGAAGAAGUAUGAGCGAUGUUGGCGAUAAUGGCAAGGCCUUUGGUGGAGGCGACGGAGGUGGAUAUGGCGGUGAAGGUGGUGUCCACGGGGAGCGUUGCGAAGGUGGUGACGAAGAAUGUCGUGGAGGUCGCGAUGGUUUCAAUCGACAAAACGGUAAAAAUUGGUUUGAGGCAUGUCCUCGCAAUGAUGAUGCUGUAUGAUGGGAAAACAAGCCUUGAUUGUGUCGCUGACUCGGGAGCUGGCAAUUCAGAUUUUAACGAAGCGAGGAAGUUUGCCUUUGAUUCGCAACUAAAGAUCAGUACUGUUUACGGUGGCAUCUCAUUCAAGUAUCAAAACGAGAUCAUUUCGAAAGGAUGCCACGUUCUAAUCGCUACUCCGGGACGUCUGUUGGACUUCGUGGAGCGCUUUAUAACCUUUGAGGACACGCGCUUCGUUAUUCUGGAUGAGGCCGAUAGGAUGGUGGAUUUGGGUUUUCGUGAAACAUGCGAACAUUUCAUGCUUCAUCCAAUGCGUCCGGACCAUCAAACUUUAAUUUUUUUGCAACAUUUCCACAUUUAGCGGCUGGGGAGUUGUUGAAUAUCUAUAUCUUCUUAUGUUCUGCGUAGUUGGUGGAGCCUGGUCCGAUUUGAAGCAGACCAUGAAGUUAAUAAGUUUGCAAAGCGGACCAAACUCCAGAGUCGGCGUUAGCAGGCCUUGCGUGAUUUCAAGGAUAGCUCUAUGCAAGUUCUCAUAGCCUCCUCGAUGCAAAGAAAAUCAAGCAUUACAUGCCGAAACUGACUAGAGCUGGGAAACUAUCGAUGGCACUAUCGAGGUAUCGAAUUUAUAAUUUCCUAGCCAUUAAUGAAAGUAUUUUGUCAUUAUCUUGUCGAAAAAAUGCAUUCUAGGAUAACCUAGCUUAAAGGUUUGUGGUGGCUCUUAUCAUGGAAAUAUAUUUACUAAAUCUUAAAACGGUAAUUAUAAAAUUAAUUUUUUUUUAACAAUGUAUAUUUACUAAUAGCUAUUUAUUUAUCUACAUAUGAUUAUGCUUCGCUUAAGGCUAAUAUUUUGUAUUUAAUACUGAAAUGGUUCACAAAUUUGAUCUCAAAAGAAAAAAAUUGAAAUAAACAUUUUAAAUUACUUGUAAUUUUAAUUUUUAUGAUGACCGUCACAAAAAGGAUGUUCUUUAAAUAUUGACCAUCGAUAGUUUCUCAGCUCUACACUUACUGUUAGUAACAGUGUACAAUGGGGUAAAUGGCAACUUUCCAAUAAAAUUGGCGUGCCAGUAAAAUUGUUCCUUUGUACUCAUUCUUCGAUCCUGAUCACAAUCGUGCUCUUGCAGGAGACUUGAUUAAGAUCCCGAAGGGAUCUGAUCAGGCUGUUCCAGAGUUCCUUAGCAAUUUAGCCGACGAUGGUGGUGGUGGUGCUUAUUAGACCAAUAACAACAUUGGUGGCUUAGAAAUAUGCUAUCCUAUGUAACGAAGGCCGAGACUGAAGAGGAUUGAGAUGGGAUGCCUCAAGUUUAAAGUCUAUUCAGAGUUAAAACUAUGACUAGUUGCUUGUAAGUUCAAAUUUUUUUGUUUUCCUAUGAAGAAUGACGUACAAAAAUAAGUAUUCAUUCGAAAUACAUUGGUUAUGAAAAAGAAGAAGUAUUUCGAAACUUUUGUAUCAAUCCCACUUUGAAAUCGCGAAGCCAUAACGUUGGAUAUCUUCUUUAAUUAGAUCAAAAUCAUAAAUUUGCCAUAUCGCAAUAAAAACGUUACUUAAUUAUCACACUCAUAUAACAUCGCUUACAUAUCUACUAAACUUUCCACACUUAAGGAGAUGUGAUUAUUAUUUUCUUAUUUUUAAAUUUAAGUAUUUUAACUGCAUUUUUCUCGCUGUGCACCUAUUCUGCGGUGUGUAGGUGUGUGUGCGUCACAGUAAAGGAACACCACCCACACUAACAUUUAUCCCUCUCACUCUUUCGCUCUCUCUUUCCUUUAGGGCGGAUUAGAUUUCACCGAAUCAAUCAAUUGGCCGAUAUUAAUUAACCACCUGACACACGAGAAUGAAGGAAUACUCUAAUCUUAAGUGAUAAAUAAGACGUCAAAAGAAAAAUGGAAUGAAGUGGGAGCGGGAGUUUAUGGAUGGUCGAAAAAACAGUUAUUUAUUA